CUUGACCCUAGCCGUACGUAUCAUAAGUUACUGCGAACCAUAGUAGCUUACUAGUUUCCCGUCUCCUUCCAUUGUUUUCCGUUUUCUUUAAUCUCAGUACGACAUACCGAACAACCCGAUACCUCUAAAUCGCUUACCUUACCGAUACUGCCCCUGCAACCUACCAAUGGACACUCAAUCGUCGUUCGGAACUGCCACUGGCAGCGAUUAUUCUCGGCGGCCCCGAUCACAACCCGAAUCACAAUCAGCUCCGAAUCGCAACGAGUCAAGAAAGCAUGUUCGGAUGUGCUGGAUUUGCCAUGAUGAAGUAGAGGCGACGUAUGAAGAAGCCGGUUUCUUAGAUGGUCUUCGUAAUCGACGUCCGAAAAGGCACUACAUCUCUGAGGAUGGAGACCGACUUAUCAACCCAUGUCUCUGUAAGGGCAGCGUUAAAUACGUCCACGAAGGUUGCUUGAAGCUCUGGAUGAACGAGAACCCUAAUGCUUGGAGGUGUGAUCGAUGUCGUUACCAGUAUAGGAUGGGACGUUUAACGUGGGCCCAACGGCUCCGGAGCCCGCUCGUAGCUCUAGGCCUCACUAUCCUCAUCCUCCUCGUUACGAUAUUUCUGCUUGGGUUUAUAGCCGACCCUAUCCUCAAUUUAUGGCUUGAUCCUGUUGGUACUAUAGCAGAGUCGGUCACAACUGGUCAUAUCAGUCUAGACGACGACCUUGAUCUGCUGUAUGAAGAAUCGGGCUGGUUUGGUCACUUUAUCAAAGGGCUUUUCUCGCUAGGCUUGCUUGGGUUCGUCAAGGCAUUCCUUGUUAUGAGUCCGUGGCAAUGGUGGAAUUUACGGACCAGCGGUAUAAUAGGCGGAGGAGGUGGUCGUCGAGCUGGAACUGGGCGUGAGCGCAUGGAAAGUAUCAACUUAGCUCUCGUCCUCAUCGGUGUAUUCACAUUCUUAUAUACGGUGUGGAAAGCCACACGAAAGUGGACCGAGAAAACUCUUGACCGGGCAAGUCAGAGGAUCCUAAAUGUCCAACGCGACAAUAAUGACAAUAGCUCUGACGACAGUGAUGACGAAGAUUAGUCUAAGCUAGGGAUGAACUAGAAACGAUCUCUUCAACUCGUCUUCAUAAAAGUAGACAAAUAUAAUGAUUUACUAGUACGAAGUCAUUCCCGACAAGAUAUGUUCAACUAUCUAAUGUCAUGCGGCAACGGAUAUUCUAUAGUUUCAUGAUGGAUUCGUUUCCACAGGGUUAGAAAUGACGUGAUAAUGCUUCUACGAACCUAGGUCGAAGACUUGAUUCACCUUUGCAAAAUUCGUCCUAUACCCAUCUAACCUAGUCGUCUUGGCUUGAACUCGUCGUAAUGAUUGCGAUGCCCUGGUCUAAGCACCGUCUUAUUGUGAUAGUAUUUCAGUGUAUGAAUGUGGAGCCAGGCCAUAUCACAUGAUAUGAAGUCACGUGAUAUGCUCACUAAAACUUUCACCAGAA